AUGGGUAGGAAUGACGGCAACACUGUACAGAAGAAGGGUAGUAGGAAUGGCAGCAACACUGUACAGAAGAAGGGUAGGAAUGACGGCAACACUGUACAGAAGAAGGGUAGGAAUGACGGCAACACUGUACAGAAUAAGGGUGGGAAUGACGGCAACACUGUACAGAAUAAGGGUGGGAAUGACGGCAACACUGUACAGAAGAAGGGUAGGAAUGACGGCAACACUGUACAGAAGAAGGGUAGGAAUGACGGCAACACUGUACAGAAGAAGGGUAGGAAUGACGGCAACACUGUACAGAAGAAGGGUAGGAAUGACGGCAACACUGUACAGAAGAAGGGUAGGAAUGACGGCAACACUGUACAGAAGAAGGGUAGGAAUGACGGCAACACUGUACAGAAGAUGGGUAGGAAUGACGGCAACACUGUACAGAAGAAGGGUAGGAAUGACGGCAACACUGUACAGAAGAUGGGUAGGAAUGACGGCAACAGCGCACAGAAUAAGGAUGGGAAUGACGACAACACUGUACAGAAGGGUAGGAAUAAUGGCAACACUGUACAGAAGGGUAGGAAUGACGGCAACACUGUACAGAAGAAGGGUAGGAAUGACGGCAACACUGUACAGAAGAAGGGUAGGAAUGACGGCAACACUGUACAGAAGAAGGGUAGGAAUGACGGCAACAGUGUACAGAAGGGUAGGAAUGACGGUAACACUGUACAGAAGAAUAAGCGUGGGAAUGACGGCAACACUGUACAGAAGAAGGGUAGGAAUGACGGCAACACUGUACAGAAGAUGGGUAGGAAUGACGGCAACACUGUACAGAAGAUGGAUAGGAAUGACGGCAACACUGUACAGAAGAAGGGUAGGAAUGACGGCAACACUGUACAGAAUAAGGGUGGGAAUGACGGCAACACUGUACAGAAGAAGGGUAGGAAUGACGGCAACACUGUACAAAAGAAGGGUAGGAAUGACGGCAACACUGUACAGAAGAAGGGUAGGAAUGACGGCAACACUGUACAGAAGAUAGGUAGGAAUGACGGCAACACUGUACAGAAGAAGGGUAGGAAUGACGGCAACACUGUACAGAAGAAGAGUAGGAAUGACGGCAACAGUGUACAGAAGAAGGGUAGGAAUGACGGCAACACUGUACAGAAGAAGGGUAGGAAUGACGGCAACACUGUACAGAAGAAGGGUAGAAAUGACGGCAACACUGUACAGAAGAUGGGUAGGAAUAACGGCAACACUGUACAGAAGAAGGGUAGUAGGAAUGGCAGCAACACUGUACAGAAGAAGGGUAGGAAUGACGGCAAUACUGUACAGAUUAAGGGUAGGAAUGACGGCAACACUGUACAGAAGAAGGGUAGGAAUGACGGCAACACUGUACAGAAGAUGGGUAGGAAUGACGGCAACACUGUACAGAAGAUGGGUAGGAAUGACGGCAACACUGUACAGAAGAAGGGUAGGAAUGACGGCAACACUGUACAGAAGAAGGGUAGGAAUGACGGCAACACUGUACAGAAGGGUAGGAAUGACGGCAACACUGUACAGAAGAAGGGUAGGAAUGACGGCAACUGUGUCACAGAAGAUGGGUAG